CGCGGGAAAUGUCAAGUUGGACUAGGGGGUACGAUGCAGAUGAUCGUUGACUUGCUUUUACUAUGAAACAGUGUACCACACAACAACGUACUGUACCCCUCAAAUUCCUUCGGCGAAAGCUCAAAACCCGAUGGCCCAACCGGCGGCGGCAGGGAUGGCGUCUGCAUCCGCGGCGUCACCAGCUCAACCAGCGAUCUCCACGUCCCCCAGCACCGCGAAAAACGGAGCCAAGACGCAGGCGCAUCCUCCCGUUCAAGCUCCAUCCUCGAUUUCCCAGGAUAAAUCUCAAAAUGUCGCCGCGUCGGCGGCACAACCUCCUCCUGCCAGCACCGAAACGUCUGCAGCCUCUGCAGAAGCUAAAGCGAGCGGUCAGCAUGCAGAAGCCACUGCAAAUUCAAAUGGAGAUGCGUCUGCGAUGGACUGCGCGCUCCGAACGCAAGAAGAUGCGCGUAGACUGCAGUUCGCGCUAGCGCAGCAGCAAGUGGAGCAGUACCAGGCUAUGACCAAGCAGCUCGAGGCUCAGUCGGGUAUCGCCAUGACACCUUCCAGUACUAUUGGUAGUAGUAAUAGUACUAUCACUACGAGCAUGACGGGGCUGGCCAAGACGUCGGAGGACUUGCAGAAACUGCGGCAGGAGCAGCUGACCAGAUUGCAACAGAACGUGCAGCGUCAAGCGGCCAUGGCGGCACAGGCGGUGCAGAAGAGAAACAAUGAGGAGUGGCUACGUAGUAAGUUGCUGCUAGAACAAGAGCAUCUGAGACUACUGAGACUCCAUGAGCAGCAACUUAAGCAAACGAAGGGAAACACGGUGACGGCGGCCACGGCCACGUCUAUCGCGGACGGUUUGUUGGCACAGCAGCAACAGGUCAUGAGACAGCAGCAAUUACUUCGAGAUAUGAUGCAGAAACAGCAGAAACAGCAACAGGCACAGCUACAGCUACAGAUUCAACUCCAGAAGGGAGAAAAGAGUACAACCAGCUCGACCACGCAGGCUGUGACUACCACGACGAAGCCUUACGUUACCACAGCACCAACGUAUUACUCGUUGAAGAAGAAGAAGAGUAAGACAGCGUUCGAUACGGACCUCGAGGCGCUGGCCAAGGUCUGUAUUCGGGUAGCCAACUCGAGAACCGACUGCGAGAUGCGGCAGGCGCUAGACAAGAUAACGUCGUGGCUGCAUCGAUGUACAGAGCUGAUGCUGCUACAGAUUGCUCAACGGGAUUAUCGCGACUCCUUGGCGCACCGCCGACCGGUGCUGAUUCAGCAGGAUCGAUGGCCACUGGAUCUCCAAGUCAAGUCCGAAUUUGUCACGCAGAAGAUUGUGCAGAUGUUAGGGGCGUUUGCCCUUCGUGAGAAGAAUAAAGCAGCGCAACAGGAAGCGGCUGCGAAGGCUGCAGCAGCCGCCAGCUCCGCUGUUGCUACUGCUUCCGCUGCUACUACGUCGGUUGGCGCUGCUAAUGCUACUGCUACCGUCCCCGCUACUUCGAAUGUCACUUCGACAACCCCUGCUAACGGUACUACAGGCUCUGCUGGUAACACUGCCGCUGCUUCUACGCCUGCAUCGGCAACAGCUACGACACCUACAGCACCCGCAGCAACAGCUUCCCAGUCAAUAAUAUUAUCACCAGCCGUUCGGGUUCCUGUCAAGCGUGACAUGGCAGCGGUCGAACGUGAGUACGCGGAAAUCAAGGCUCAGUUGCAAGCCAAACAGCUCGAGACGAACCAGAAGGCUAAGGCGAAACGAGAUGCAGCCAAGCUCGAGGCAGCCAAAGUCAGCAACAGUACGACAACUGCUGCGAUGUUGGCAGCGUCCUACAAGCGCCCGCUGCAGGUAGAAAUUCCUGGAUCUGUCAAGAAACCACGGAUGGACUCGAUUGGAACGCCAUCGCCGUCAAUAUCUACCGGUUACCGGCCGUCAACGACCACUGUACCUCCGAUAUCUCCUCGUGUCGCCCAGCAGUUUUACGAUCUGGAUUUGGCCACCCGUGCAAGCUCAGAGAGUGACGAUAAGAUGUAUCUCCCGUCGAAGAUAAUAUCCAAAAUCAUGUACAGAGCGUUGCCAGGCGAUCAUGAAGAAAACACGGCUACUACUGAGUCAGUAAAGGGCAGAACUCCCUCUCCAGCCGUGUCUCCCACCCACAGCGUCCAGGAACUCGACUCUUCUCAAGACUCGAUCAGUAUCAGCGACGACGCGGUGACGUUCAUGCAAGAAUGCGUCACCGAGUUCCUCCUGUACUUCACGAGUGAAUCCCGCGAUCUGUCCAUCAUGCAGAACCGGAGAACGAAAAAAGGUGUGGGCUUGUCGAUCUCCGGCUCCAACGUCGUUGAGAGCAUGGAAAAUCUGGGAUUCACUUCGUAUGCUCGAGUAUUGUCCGGAUACAACGAGAAGGUCAAGGCUAGUCAAGACGCAGCGGCGAGGAAGAAGAUGGAACGCAAGAAACUCGUCCAACAACAGGCAUUGCAGAAAGCCAUAGCUGCAAAUGCUGCCAAGGCAGGCAAGAGUGUUAUUCCUCCUCAACCGUACACGAAUAUCGGGAUCAAACCUGUAGUUCCAUCGCCACUGGCGCGGCCUGGUGCUAGUGUCGCUUCUACAAUUACAAGAGUAAUACCGAGUGCAAAGCCGACGACAGCACCGAACCCAGUAGCGGUGGCCACUACAAAGGCCACACCUCCAGUAGCGAAGCCAGAGAUACCAGCAACUACGUGUAGUACAACGCCAACAAAAUGAGUACUUAAGUAUGAUGCAAGUACAGACAAAACAUUUUGGGCACUAACUACUUAUCUGGAA